CCAUGGGCUGGAUUGGAUAAUCUGACUUGGUGGCCGUAUGUUUGACACCACCGAUGUAGCCUGUUCAACUAUUCACAGAUCUGUGCAGGGCGCCUAAGGCACGGCUACUUAGAUACUGUUGUUAAGCACCCCAAGCUCCCGAUCAAAAUGGCGGACACAGUGCGGCCGAAGCAUGUUAUGAGCGAUUCAUUAGAGCGAAUUUCCAAUAUUAUUUCUUUUUCCUUUUUACCCAUGGUAUCAGUAAUAUCGACAAAGAGUGUACAGAAAGGCCAGAAUUGCUUUGAACAGAGACAUAUUCAUAAUGUCAAGGUUUCCCAAAUGGGAACGCCAGUUUAAGUUUCUGCAAUGUGAUGGGCGUCCAUGUGAAAGAAUCAACCACCUCAUAAACUUAUGUUGGACAUCGAAUGUGAAACGAAAGAUUUCUGAUGCCUAUUGUUCAUGCAAAGCAGGCGGAGACAGAGCGGGUUCCGAGGAUUCCAGAUAUGGACACAACGCAUCAACUUAAAGUAAGCGAGAGGCAGCAUUUCUUUGAGGAAGUCUUUCAGCACGAUGUGGACGUCUAUUUGUCCUCAGCGCACCUUUCGAUUCGAGACUACACGAGACCACCUAUUGGUAGCAUCUCAUCUAUGGAAGUAAAUGUGGACAUGCUGGAACAGAUGGAGCUGAUUGACAUCUCUGACCAGGAGGUUUUGGAUGUCUUCCUGAGCUCUGGGGGAGAGGACAAUGUCCUGAAUUCCACAAUGUCCGUCAAUACCAACAACAACAACCCUGAGGGAGUCAUCACUAAUGGACUCUUUCGACACGUACUUGAAGGUUUUGACUCCAAAUCCCGCGUGUCCACCACAAUGUUAAAUUCUUCUUCUGACAAUCAGAUUAGCGUUGCCAAUCGAGGUGACACUUGUGGAAUAAUGUCACAGGAUUGUGUCACAUGUACCAACACCGUUAAGACAAUAAUAUCACCACCAGAAAGAGAGGAGAAAAGUCUGAGCUCAUCAUCUAUGUAGAACGUCAGCAUCCUUCAUCAGACUACCAACUGCACCCAAAAUAAGAACUGUAUCUCUGGCCCAAACACGUCACGACUCUUAGCGUUUAAUUGUUUUAGCCUGGAUUAGAGAAAUGGAAUUUAUAGACUGUGACCAGUCAUUCUUACCUGUUUUGUUACCGUAAACAAAAUACGGUCAUAAAAUAUCACCCGCACUGACCUCAUGUUUCAUGUAUCAUUAACAUUUUCUUCAUUUUUAGAUAGCAAUAAUGGAAUCGAGAGAUGAAAAAUAUAAGGAUUAGUUCUACUCAUGAAAUGUUCAGAAGUAUGAAAUUUUUCUUCCAAUUAAGAUUUUGUGCUUACACCAAUGUCACCAAAAUAUUCUUUGCUGAGCAAUA